AUGUUGUCAGGCAAACGCUAUCGUCCCCGGCUGGAGAAUGGAGCUCUGGCUCCGAUGCCCUGGCCGGUGUCCUUGUAUCGGAUCCUUAAUCAUAUAUCCUGGCCCCUGGAGGAAGACUCAUCUGACUGGACAAAGUGGCUGGAUAGAUUCCUUAUUUUCCUCGGCUUUCUCGUUUUCUGCGAACACAACGAGGUGGACUUUCAUUACCUGAUUGCCAAUUGGCAGGACAUGGACAACAUGCUGGCGGGCAUGCCUACAUAUCUGAUCCUGGUGGAGAUGCAAAUUCGCAGUUUUCAGCUCGCCACGCACAAGGAUCAAUUUCGAGUCCUUUUGCAACGAUUUUACAGGGAAAUCUAUGUGAGUGAGAAAGAGGAACCUGUAUUGUUUUCCAGGAUUCAGAGCCAAAUGCUGGCCACGAGGAUAAACUCUGUGGUGUACCUGUUGGCCCUACUCAACUUCCUGGUGGUUCCCAUCCAGAAUGUCGUCUUUCAUCGCCGGGAUAUGCUCUACAAGCAGGUCUACCCCUUCGACAAUACCUGGCUGCCAGUCUUUAUUCCCUUGCUGGGGCUCAACUUCUGGGUGGGCGUCAUCAUCACGAGCAUGCUCUUCGGGGAGUUGAAUGUCCUGGGCGAACUGAUGAUGCAUCUCAAUGCCCGCUUUGUCCAGCUGGGCCAGGACCUUCGACGCUCAGCCAGUCACUUGUUGAUGGAGUCGCAAAGUCUGGAGAUUGCCGCCAGGUACAGGCAAGCCUUAACCCAAAUCCUGCGCCGCAACGCCGCUCUCCGGGACUUUGGCGAACAAGUGGAGGAGGAGUUCAGUUUUCGAAUCUUCAUAAUGUUCCUGUUUAGUGCUGCCCUGCUCUGUGCUUUGUUUUUCAAGGCCUAUACGAAUCCAAUUAACAAUGUGGCCUACAUAGUCUGGUUCUUGGCCAAAUUCAUGGAGCUCCUGGCUCUCGGCAUGCUUGGUUCUAUUCUUCUAAAAACGACGGACGAAAUGGGAAUGAUGUAUUAUACGGCCGACUGGGAGCAGGUCGUCCACAAAUCGGAAAAUAUUGAAGAGAAUUGUAGAGUCAUGAGACUUCUCACCCUGGCCAUCCAACUUAAUUCAAAACCCUUUUUUGUCACUGGUCUAAAAUAUUUUCGGAUAACUUUAACCACUGUUCUUAAGAUCAUCCAAGGAGCUUUUUCCUAUUUUACUUUUUUGAAUUCUAUGCGAUAA